UGCAUCGUAGAGCUGAAUAGAAUGGCCGCUGUUGGUGGGAAGCAAGAAGGGAUGAGAACCGUCUUUACCAAGUUGACAAAUUGCAUUAGGAAAUACUAAAAAUAGAGAAGCGAAGCUCUACUAACUCACAGUUGUCAUGAAUGCGUCUCACAGUGGAAUUAAACAUGGAAUUUGGAGGUGCUGAAUUUCAAUGAAGGAAUUUGGAGGCGCGGUAUGAAUGGAGAAGAUGAAACUUCCCAGUUUUGCCCUGACUUAAAACGGUAAACAAAUCUUCAAACUAUUGGCCGGUGCUGCCCUCAUGGAUUGAAAUGCGGCGCUUCCCGUCAUCAAUGCCGCACAAUUCCUCCAAACUUUUCAGACUUACGGUCCUCCAAAACCAAAACUUGCUGUUUUCCCCCAAUUCCUGCUCCACUAUAGCGGACGCGUUACAGCCUGCUAUAAAUACCGCGAAAUUCUUCCAUUUUCUGACUCCAUUUCCAUACCCUAUGUCAUCUCCCGAGGGUUUCAUUACGGACUGGCUUGCGAAGUACGAGACGCAACAUAACGGCGGCGGCGAGGAAGAGAUUCGAACCGAGGUUGCGCGAGUGUUAAAGCUCUAUGAAAAGCACUAUACCCUAAGGGCCGAGGCGGCGGCCGAGGAAAAGCCGAAGCUUGGGACAUUUUUUCCCCUGGAGAAUGACUUUGUCUGGCUUGGCGAAUGGCGGCCUUCGAUAAUAUUUCAUGUUGCGUAUGCUGAGAUUGGACAGCAGCUCGAAUCUGAACUUGCAGAGCUGCUUAAGGGCACAAAUUCGUCAAAUUUGGCCGGCCUUACUUCCAGCCAGUUGUUCCAGAUAAAUGAGCUCCAUUGCCGAACUGUGGAGGAGGAGGACAAGCUUUCGCACAGAUUGACGGCGCUGCAGAAGAUUAUGGCGGCGGCUAGCAAUGGCGAGGGUUUUCAGCAGGCUUUGGACGAAACGAGCGAAGAAUUGCAGUGUAUUUUUGUGGCGGCGGAUAGGUUGAGGGUAGAGACAUUGAAGCGGAUGCUGUAUAUUCUUACGCCUCGUCAGUGCAUUCAAAUUUUGGUUCCCGCUUUACAAAUGCAGUUUUGUCCGCAGAGCAAGAAACAGAAUUCAUUAAUGGCUUCUCCAUUUCUGCACCAGCUCUGCCAAGCUGUAUAAAUCAAAGUAAGCCUACGUAAGCUUUGUACGAAAUUAUAGUUGGAAUAAGAUGGAAUUCAAUUUGGGUGACAA